CUGAAGUUUAGCAGAGCAGAGAUUUUGGCUUCUUUCUUAGAGGCAUUACCACAAGCAAUUGAAGUGCAUUCAUCGUAGAGUAGAUCCAUACAAGAUGGGAAAACGCAGAGAUUCUUCGGGCAGUAAUCCCCCUGGAGAUCGACAAGAUUCAUGGAAAAAGAUCUUUAAAGGACUCGUUGAUUUGAUACAAGAUCAACAGCGACAGCUCGAGUCUCUAGUUAAAGAACGAAAAUCGCUUGAAAGAAGAAUCCAAUCGCAGCACGAUCGAUGGGUUUCCGAUGUCAAGCUAUUAGAAGAUCAUAUUUCCCAGGUGAUGAGAAACUCCAAAAUCAAAGAUAUGGUUCGUUUUGUUGAUUCUGCAAAGGCGAAUCUGAUCAUCAGUAUGAAGCAAAAGGAAGCAAUUAUGCACAAACUUAAAUUUGAGGAUGUAGACGAUGAACGAAUUGAUCUCAAACUUCUCUUUGACGAUCUCGCUCAAUGUUUGGCCGAGCCAAAACGUGCUACCCGUAGCAAUACCAAGGACAUCGAUGAAUCUGCUCUGAAAGCGGAGAGGGAUUUCGCAUGGAAUCAGUUCAAAAAAACUGACGCCAAAUUGCAGGAGCACGUUAAGAGGACCAAAUCCGAAGUUGAAGCUGCGAAUGAAAGAAUACAGAAACUGAUGUCGGAUUUGGAGCAAUCACAGUCGGCAAACAUGGAGAAGAACAGAACGAUUUCAACCUUACAAGAUGACGUAGCCAUGCUAGAAUCUGAUUCAAGAAAAAAGAGCGAAGAAAUUUCCCGACUUAACAAAGAACUGGAGUUGUUACGAGGUGAUUCCGUAUUGCGUCGUUGCAUGAUAGAACCAGUCUCGUCUGGGUUGAAAGACAAGAAGAGCCAUUCGAAGGGAGGAAGAAGGUCCAAGAGGAAAGCCGAAUCCGAACCAAGAUUGUUUACAUCGAGGUUUAAAGUUCCGAAGCUAAAGAACGCAUCUCCAUCGUGAAAUUAAGGGUGCUCGAGAUAUUAUUCAGGCUCUCCCUCGUACGUAUGUUGUAUCUAUGUAUGGUUUUCUUUUUGUUGACUGUGGGUGUCCGGCCACCUUGCGCGCACAUCCACUGAUUUCAUGGGGUCUUGAAGAACAACGGUCAAGAUAUCUACAGUGAUCUUGAAGGAACUCAAAACCGAUGACAUUUGGUGUAUGUAUGGUUUUUGGUAACUUUUGUAACUUCCCAUAUCUUGAUUUGUUGUGGUAGUGUUUGUGUUAGAAGAUUAACAUUGUAAUUAUGUGAUUGUUUUAACAUUUAU